CGAUUUGCAAACCUCUUCGAAUCCGUUCAGACGCUCUUUUGGGCCACCUUUGGCCUGAUCGACCUAGAUGUCUUUGAGCUAACGGGCAUCAAGAGCUACACUCGCUUCUGGGCGAUGCACAUGUUCGGCGUGUACUCGGUGAUCAACGUGGCCGUUCUACUGAAUCUGCUCAUCGCCAUGAUGAAUCACUCCUACCAGCAGAUUAGUAAACACGCCGACAAGGAGUGGAAGUUUGCGCGGUCUAAGCUGUAA